UUGACUAAGGCUUGGAUCAUGAGUUCUUAGAUGCGAUGAUGGAGAUAAGCCCGCCUCAAGAGAUUGAGAAUCGGAAGUGCACCUACCGUGCUUGAGCAAGAAGCAAAGCGAUCGCCUCUCGCUAUCGACACCCCACACAAAUUCAGAGGCUUUACGUGUCGGCGCCGCGAACGAGCCCCGGUCAAUUCCCAUUCGUCGUCAGAAACUCCUGCCAGAACAAUCCUCUGUUCCUGUUCCCCCUUGGAAACCAUUAACUUUUCUCUCUGUCUCUGUCUCUGUCUCUGUCUCUGUUCCGAUAGCGCCUCUUCCCAAUCAGUCAAUCAUUUGAGCUCAACCCAUCUCCUGUUCUGCUCUGUUCUCACCGUUUCCCACCUCCAAUUUUCCACCUCCUUCGCCCCCUGUUUGGUAGAGUUUCCUUCUUUUCUUUUCUUUGCCUUUUUUGGGGAGUGGUCGCUGUUGGGCAGCAGCUGAUAUGGACAGUAGUGCUUUCAAGCUUCAGCGUUCCUUUGAAAUGCGGCGAGCAGAAGCUGCUCGGAUCAGAGAGAAGUAUCCAGAUAGAAUACCUGUGAGGAUAUUUUUGACAAGCCUGGAGAUGUUAACUCCUUUCAUUGGUUUUGCAUAUGACACUAUGCUAAUCGUAUAUGCCAUGCAGGUGAUUGUGGAGCGUGCUGAUAGAAGCAACAUCUCCGACAUUGAUAAGAGGAAAUACCUUGUCCCUGCUGACAUAACUGCAGGGCAGCUUGUUUAUGUUGUUCGCAAAAGAAUCAAGCUUAGUCCUGAGAAGGCUCUGUUCAUCUUUGUCAGGAACACUCUACCUCCUACUGCUUCCUUGAUGUCUGCGAUAUAUGAGGAAUUCAAGGAUGAGGAUGGCUUUCUUUACCUGACAUACAGCGGAGAAAAUUCUUUUGGAUUCAAUGCAGAGUAGCUUGGACGAGUAUAUAUACUUGAAAGUGUAGAUAUUGGUUGAUGCGCUGAUUCGUUAGUUCAUUGUUGGCUUAGAUUUGAGGAGACUAUCAUCUUUUCUUCAUUGUAGUUGUACCCUCUGCUUAAUUUAUCAGUAAGUAUUGCUUGGACUGA